AUGGGAAAUAGCGGCAGCCAAAAUACGGCGAUCGAACUAAACCACCAAGAGGAAGAAAAAUGGGCGCACUCGUUCCCGAGACCGUCGAACUCCCAGCCGAAAUACCACUUCCAGCACAAGGUGCUGCCGGAGAAGACGCCCCAGCUGAAGCUCCGGUCCACUAACAACGGCGAAAUCCUGCAAUCGGGCGGCACCAUCAGCGGCAGGCAAAUCAGAUCGAUCGAAGACAAAACGAAACAGUACGAGGAGAAUUUCCGGAAAUCCGCCGUCCAAGGGGUCCAGCACAAGCUCGGCAACAGCAAGCAUUCUAGUCAAGACAGGAAAUUAUUCGCGUCCGAGCCAGAUUUAAGAUACGCUUUGAAAAAUGACGAAAAGAGAUCCAAGAAGAAGUACAGGGCGCCUUCUCCACCGAAAAUCAGAAACAAGGAGGAUAGUAGGGUACAAAACGAGGAAGGCGACAUGAACCCAAGGCUGCCCAUCAGAAAAGCCCGCCUGUUCAAAACCAGAGCAGAAACUAAAAAACAACCAAAUCCUAGUCACCUCCACAGCACCGCCGAAGACGAUCCAAGCUACGCACCGCCGGCGAAACCCAACAUAAAGCGCCUGUCGCUGCCCGACGUGAAACCGGUGGACUUCAACGAGUUCACGAAGGAGCUGAAGGACGUCACGCAGCGCUUCAAGAACAACGCCUCCAGCAAGCCCAUCCGGCAGGUGGUGGGCGCGCGCGGCGAGGCCUCCGGCAAAGAGUCCACCACGCCGGAGGCGUCGCCGGACCUGCGCCAGAAGCGCCGGCCCGCGCCCGACGGGCCCGCCAAGCCCAAGCAGGCGUUCUACUUCGGCAUGAACGGCGACGCGGUCGGCAACUCGUCGGGCUCGGACCUAUCGAGCGACAUCGAUUCGGACGAGAACGACGCGUGCAAGGGGAAAAUCGACCUGCAGCUGCGGCCGAUCUUGCCCAAGAAGCAGCUGGAGAUUCCGAGGUUCUCGCCGGCGGCCGCCUGGAGGCUUCUGUCGCUGGACGCCAACGAUGAUGAUAAAACCGCGCCCGGCGAUGAUACCAAACCGGACUUGGCGAUACCCGAACUUGUAGCGGGUUUUGGCGAUACUACGAUCGCAGAUGAUGUGCCGUUGUUCAUGGAGGAGCAUAUUGAAAAGUACUCCAGGCCUCUGCCUUCGUUUCUGAACACCGCUCAAAGGUCUUGCAACGAUAAAUCUGGAGAUUCUGGAAUAUCUGGUGACGAAGCAGUACCUAUAGUUUAUUGCUACGAUGAUCCCGAAGAAGAUUACAGAUUCGGGAGAAUCGGUAAAGAUGAAAAGAUUGCUUCGAAAAUAGACCGAGAAAGAGCUUCGUGGACACCACAACAAGAUUUAGACGAAUCGAGCGCCGAAGAAGAAUUACUAAACAAACCUCUGAAGCAAAGAAUGAAAACGGGCCCGUACGUGUUCAGCCUGUCGCUGCCCAGAGACAACCACAUUUCGAGCUACAUCGCGGACAAAUCGAACUUCGGCCACUACAACGGGCUGCAAAAAUUCAAGAAGUCCAUAUCGGGCGUGUGGGGCAACCUGUCGAGCAGGCGCGACUUCGCGACCAACGACGAGCCGAACAACAACUGGUUCCUGAGCAAAUCCGCGCCGAACUCGCUGACCAACGUCAUUCACUCGCUGGAGCGGCACAAGACGCUGGAGCAGCAGCAAUAUUCCGGCGGCAACACGCCGGCGCGCCUGAUGUACUUGCCCGAGAUGGACAAUCACGCGAAGAAACCGCCGCAUUCGAAGCUGCAGUCGAAGUCGUGCGAGAACGUCGCCGGCGAGGUGGAGAAGGAGGGCAAAUCGCCGCAGCCGCUGCAGGACCCGAGCAGCCGCUUCGACGAUUUCCCUUGGAGCUCGAGGAGGAAGCCGAAGAAGUACACCUUCCAAAGCACCAUUCGCCAGAUAGAGAAGAAGCGGCUGUCCGACAAAUUGUCCAGGGAGGCCGAGCGCAGGGAGAAGGAGCGGCUGCGAGAGCUGAACGCGAUGCAGAGAGUCGAGGAGGAGUUCCAAAGGAAGAGAGCUAGCGAGAAAGCGAACAUUCGACAGCAGCUGCGAUUGUUCUCUUUGGACGAGAGCACAGGUUACCAAAGCAUGCCGAACUUCGACACGAAAUAUAAACGUCGUUCGGAGCCCGAUGGAGCGUUCUCAUCGGCCUCCUCGUCGCCGGUGUCAUCGUUAUCGUCGAGAAAAAGGGGAUCUUCGAAUAAAAGGACUCACCAACAGGUAUCUAAACUCACACCGUCGUCUACUAAGGAGUUGUCCGAGUUCAGGCAGACGCAGGUGGAUUAUAAAGAUUACAACAGCAACAUGUUGAAGCACGCUAAUGAGAUGAGGUACUACAAUAAGCAAACGACGAUUCACCCGCAAGUGAGUUGCACCAUGAGUCAAGUUAAAGGUUUGAAUGCGAACGCGAAGCAGAAGCAUAAUUACAGAAAAGAGUUUGCUUCUGGUAUAAGAAACAUCGAAUCUACGGAUAAUUAUAGGGAGUAUAGAAAAAAGCAUGUGAACAAACACUCGCCUUCUACAGGGUAUGGAAACCAUUUCGUUUCCUUGGAACAUUAA